AUGUCUUGCCGACUGUUACACCCGAAAGCGUUGCGAAAAAGCUUUUGUCCAUUCAGUCUCACAAAGCUCCCGGUCCAAACGACCCCUACCUCAAGAUAAUCAAAAUGUUUGCGCAUUUUUUUGCCAUCCCAUUAGCAAACAUUUUUAAUGCAUCAUUUGGGCAGAAGGUGUUUCCAAAACUGUGGAAAGAGUUCCGCCUAGCACCUAUACCAAAAGUGGAACCGUGCACGAAUCUGGAUGAAAUAAGACCAAUAGCUCUCACUAGCACAAUUUCAAAAAUACAGGAGUCUUACGUGGUUGAUUGGGUGUAUGACGAUAUUGAGUCUAAAAUUUGUAAGGAACA